UCUCUCGUUCCUUCAAAUCCUGAUUCUCUCUGUUUUCUUCUAUUUUCUUUCUUUCUUUCCUUUUCUCUCAUCGUGCGGUUUCGGGUAGGGUCCUACAUUUUUGGAACCAUCACCGGAAUCCUCCGCCGACAGGGAGAAAUGACUGGAUCAUUAGUUGCAAAGUUGAUCCUCCGCCGAUCACCAUUACCACAAAGCCGAUUCAUCUUGCAAAGAGGCAUUUCUCAGCAGGCAGCAGAGAGGACAAAAGACGUUAGCGCAGAACCACCGGUAUUGCCGGCGUUCGAUUAUGCUCCGCCGGCGUACACCGGUCCCUCCGGCGACGAAAUCCUCGCGAAACGCAAGGAGUAUCUUAGCCCUUCAAUCCUCCACUUCUAUAAAUCUCCGCUGAACGUGGUAGAGGGGAGGAGGCAGUACCUAUUCGAUGAAAACGGAAGGAGGUACCUUGAUGGAUUUGGAGGGAUUGCUACGGUGUGUUGCGGCCACGGCCAUCCUGAUGUAGUCGCAGCUAUCGUGGAACAAACGAAACGGUUGCAGCACUCAACGGUUCUGUAUCUGAACCAUGCCGUUACUGAUUUUGCGGAAGCCUUGGCUUCUAAACUUCCCGGCAAUCUUAAGGUGGCGUUUUUUACAAAUUCUGGAACAGAAGCAAACGAAUUGGCAAUGAUGAUUGCAAGGUUGUACACGGGAUGCCAUGACAUAAUAUCACUUAGAAAUUCAUACCAUGGCAAUGCAAGUGGGACUAUGGGGGCCACUGCUCAAAGCAUCUGGAAAUUUAAUGUUGUACAGAGUGGUGUUCAUCAUGCAGUAAAUCCAGACCCUUACAGAGGUGUUUUUGGCUCUGAUGGAAAGAAGUAUGCAAGAGAUGUCCAAGAGAUCAUUAACUUUGGAACUUCAGGAAAUGUUGCUGCGUUCAUAUCUGAAGCUAUACAGGGAGUAGGGGGCAUUGUUGAAUUGGCACCUGGUUACUUGCCUGCUGCCUAUGAUAUUGUUAAAAAAGCUGGAGGUCUUUGUAUUGCUGACGAGGUUCAGUCUGGGUUUGCUCGCACUGGUCAUUUCUGGGGAUUUGAAACCCAAGGUGUUCAACCUGACAUAGUAACAAUGGCAAAGGGUAUUGGAAAUGGCAUUCCACUUGGUGCUGUUGUAACUACUCCUGAGAUCGCAAAGGUCUUGACUCACCGAAGUUACUUUAACACCUUUGGUGGAAAUCCUGUUUGUACAGCUGCAGGACUGGCCGUUUUAAAAGUAAUCGAGAAGGAAAAGCUUCAAGAAAAUGCAUUUGUAGUGGGGUCCCAUUUGAAAGACAGGCUUAAUGCACUCAAGGACAAAUAUGAAUUAAUUGGUGAUGUGAGAGGAAAAGGAUUGAUGCUUGGAGUUGAACUUGUCACUGACCGUGAACUCAAAACACCAGCAAAAGAUGAAACACUUCAUGUCAUGGAUCAAAUGAAAGAAUUGGGAGUGCUAAUUGGAAAAGGUGGCUAUUAUGGAAAUGUAUUCAGAAUUACACCUCCCUUAUGUUUCACCAAAGAAGAUGCAGAUUUCCUUGUGGAUGCCAUGGACUACACAUUAUCUAGAAUGUGAAGUGAAGGCUUAAAUAAGAUGCAAAUGUAAAUAAAUCAAAUGUCAUCUAUAUUUUAUGAUGUUAAAUUAAACUCUGUUAGAUUAUUAUCUGCAGCAAGUAAAAUUUAUAAAUUUUACAUGCAGGCUUUAGACCUAUCUAUAGUUGCCAUUUGCCAACUGCCAUCAUGGAAAACGAAUGAGCCAACAACUCGUUGUCUCUCGGUUAUCUUAUCUCAUCCUAUUUUUGUCUGCUGCUCCUUUAAUUUGUUAUGCAUAUGCCAAUCCUGAUAUUUCUUCCUUUUUUUUCUUUGUUUUGGUCGUACCAUUUCAAUUGUGAUUGCGGUCACUGUUGAAGUUACUGUACAAAGUUUUAUAUUAAGAAAAAAUACAACUAAAUGCGACCGCAAUAGUGGUUGCAAUAUUAUUCU